AUGGCAGUCCCUGCAUCGUUCAAGAGUAAAGUGGCCAUCACACAUAUUACAACAGCGACUGCAAUUCUGGAAUUCGAUGGCGUUACAUUCAUCACGGAUCCAAUCUUCGACGACGCUCCACAAGACUAUGAUCUAUCGCACUUGGCUGGAAUGAAGCCGGGCGAAUUCGUCCUUAGCGUCACAGAGGGUCCCAAGCUUAGCAUCAAACAGCUCCCGGUCAUUGAUGCCGUUCUCCUCAGUCACGAAGAUCACGUCGACAACCUGGAUCAGACCGGCCGCCAACUACUUCUCGGUCGCCAGGUCAUCACCACACCCGACGGCGCUCGAAACCUCUACGAUUAUCCCGGUGUAUUUGCGAUCCAGCCCUGGCAGACUCUCGACUUUCAUUUUGGCGGCGAGGAGUGGAAGGUCACCGGCACUCCAUGCGUUCACGUCCCUGGUGGAGAAGUAACGGGUUUCCUUCUUCACAAGGACUCGUUCGGCGUCCAACCUGAUGGCCGUCCGAAUGUCUUUUACUUCACUGGUGACACAAUCCUAUUAGAAGAGGAGCUAGAGAAGAUUCGAAAGCAGUAUCAUGUAGUGGUUGCCCUUGCAAACCUAGGCCAGGCCAUGUCUCCGGAUCCCAACAGUCCCACGGGAUUCUCGCAGAUCACAAUGGGAGGUAAAGACGCUGUGAGGAUGUUGGAGAUAUUGGGAGCAGAUAUCCUCGUCCCAAUGCACUUUGAAUCAUGGUCGCACUUUACACAAAAUGGCGAAGCUCUCAAGAAUAUUUUCAGGGAUGCCGGAAUCGCGGACAAGGUCAAAUGGUUGACUUCAGGCGCAAGAACAACCAUUAUUUAA